AUGAACGCCGAUAGCGACUGGUUAAGGGCAUUCCAGUUUCUUCAUUUGGUGACACUGACUUUCAUUCGUGAGAGAGAUUUUGGCAAGAAGGUUGAAGGGACUGCCGUCACCCUCACAGUGCAAUAUCAGAGAUUGCAGGUGAAUAUGAACUCAUUUGAAAGAAUCAUAAGCAGACACAAGAACCGCUCAGCAUUGUUAAAAAGAAAACAAAAGAAAGUUAUGUGUCACAUUCACAAAGGAUAUUAUUGCAAACAAAGUCAAUGGCAGUUUAAGACAAGGUCAUCCGUAGAAAUUUUGAAUUAUUUGUUUUUGUAAUAUUUUAUGAAGUCAGAGAAUGUUAUCUAUAAUUUAAGAUACGACUACUAUUAUUUAGCAAAUAAUUAUUUCAUAACGUUAUUUAUGGUUUCCGGUAAACACUGAAUUUUAUUGUCAUAUUGCAAGAAGUAAAAAA